AAAAUUUCAGGGUUUACAAACCCAAACCAAAUCUAAAUCCCUCUUCAAUUCUCUUUCCAAAGCAGCAUUGCCAUGGACGCUGAUUUUCAGGAUCUGCCUCCUCUCAAAAGAUUCAGACUUUUGCAACAGAGGCAAGAAUCCGAUGCCACUGGUUCUGUCUCUUCAUGUCUCCCGGCGAAGAAGCGAAAGGAGUCCAGGGAUCUUCCUGUUCCAGAUGCUGCUGUCAGAACGUAUUGCUUGCCGGCCAAGAAGAGGGUAUGGGCUAUACAACCGGAUUGGAUUUCGGGGAAGCCUCUUUCGCCUUUGGAUCUGAAUGUUGAGUACAAGGAGGAAGAAGAGGAGGAGAAGAGGAAAAUUCCACCUCCAAUGAGUACAAAAGAAGGGAUUGGAAGCAACGGAGGAGAUGAUAAGCAAAAUGAAUCGUCGCUUGUGAGUGAAAAGAAUCCAUCUAUUGGAGAAGGCAAUCAGGAGGAGGAAGAAAUUGGUGAAAAGGAAAGCAAGGAAACCCCAAUUUUAAGAGAUUCUGAAGCUGACCAAGAAAGUAAAUUCGGGCUUGUGAAAGAACAGGAUGCAUCAAUCGACGCCGGUAAUGGGGAAGAUGAAGAAGAAGAAGAGGAUGAUGGGAUUAUUUGUGCUAUUUGUCAAAGUACAGAUGGGGACCCGUCAGAUCCAAUAGUGUUCUGUGAUGGCUGCGAUCUGAUGGUUCACGCCACAUGCUAUGGCAAUCCACUGGUAAGAACUAUCCCAGAAGGGGAAUGGUUCUGUGCUCAAUGCUUGGCUUCCAAAUCCUCUCCAGUUGAGAAGAAAAAGAGGACUUUUUCUUGCUGCCUGUGCCCGAACAGCAGUGGUGCAAUGAAGCCCACCAACGAUGCUCAGUGGGCUCAUGUUCUUUGUGCUGUGUAUGUGCCAGAGGUGUUCUUUCGGGACCCAGAAGGGAGAGAGGGCAUUGAUUGCUCUAAGGUUCCAAAGAGGAGGUGGGCAGAUAAAUGCUACAUUUGCAAGAAUAGAAGUGGGUGUGUUAUUGAGUGCUCUGAGCCUAAAUGUCCCCUGUGGUUCCAUGUUACUUGUGGACUGAACAAUGAUCUUUCCUUCGAGUAUAGAGAAGGAAAGAAGGGAGCUGUUGUUGCUGGGUUCUGCCAAAGCCACACUGAACUCUGGAAAAAGCAACAACAGACAGGAAAAUUCAAGAUCGUAGCUCGAGAUGAGAACAGAAAGUAACCAAAUAGGGUGCUAACCAAAUGUUGUUGCACGGUACUAGUUCACCUGCUUGUUGAAACUUUUGAACGCGUUUUACUGUUCCUAAUUAAUCGAUUUCACCUCAUGUUUGGUUAGUCAUUCUUGAUAUUCUACUUUGGAUAAUUUUGGUGGCUUUUCUAAUUGAAGUUGUUUUCAUUCAGUAGUUUGUUCACAUGAUGUUAUUUACUCAAGUAUUGUAUGAAUAGUUGAAGAAAUAUGAGUCUGGUGUGCUACUUCUAUAGGGGUAAACUAAGAUUAGAUACAUAUUGAAGGAAUUUUGCCUACUUCCCUUGAACAUUCAUUUUGGUGUACCAGAAUGGUUGAUUAAUGCAUGGAAGGGCAAAAACAAUGUGUCUUUUGUGCUAGAAAAACAAAAAAACAAAUCUUUGUGAUCAAGAGUUUGAAUGAAAGGUUCUAGUUUUG